AUGCGUCGGGGGUUCGACGGGAAGGCUCCGGCCACCGGUGGCUGCGGAGCCGACCGCCUAGGCGCGCUGCCGGACGAGAUCCUUCAGCAUGCGUUGUCGUUCCUGCCGUCGCGCGAGGCCGUGCGCACCUGCCUGCUCUCCCGCCGCUGGCGCCACCAGUGGAAGUCCGCCCCGGCUCUGCGCGUCGCCGACGUCGAUGCCUUCAAAAGUGCCCAGCGCUUCAAUGAGUUCGUCAACCACCUCAUCGUCCUCCGUGACCGGACGCCUCUCCACGCGUGCGAGAUCGCCGCCUACAAGGAGUACAAAGGGCGGUACUAUGACGACGAGGAGCCCUCCCGGUACACCGACCUGUGGAUCCGGUACGCCAUGUCGUGCAACGUUCGGCUGCUUCGACUCAGCAACCAUGACCCCAGUGAUCUAGAUGCUCAAUAUGAGAAUAUAGAGGAUGUUCUGCUUCACGCUCACAUUGCCUCCCACCAUCUGACGACAUUGGAGCUCGAGGGCGUGAUGUUCUCGUGCGAAUACCCUCUGGAUUUAUCGAGCUGCCCCAACCUGGAGACCAUCAAGAUGAACCGAUGCUCCUCACUAAUUCACGUCAAUAUAUGGUCACGAUCUGUGCGAUGUCUUUGUAUCACGGAGUACGAUUUUUAUAGCUAUGAUGAGGAGAAACCUCGUGCUGCCGUUUAUGUCCCAAGCCUCGUCUACUUGGAGCUGACCGGCGGCCGUGGCCUGGUUCCUGCGUUUGAGAGCAUGCCCUUGUUGCAAACAGCAUCUAUCAAGUUUGACUGGACUUCAACUAGGGAAGACAACAAUGAUGGUUUCUUGCUUCUUGGACGCCUGUCAGAUGCCACUAAUCUAGAACUCAUAUCCGAGCCUCAAGCGCUUUCUUUCAGGAAAGAUUUAAUGCGGUGCACUGCAUUUAGCAAGCUCAAAACCUUGUCACUCAAUGAUUGGUGUGUAGAGCCUGAUUUUGGCCCACUACUCCACUUUCUCCAGAGGUCACCAAGUCUCGAGAAGCUCUGCCUCCGACUGUCUAAGCCAGAUGAACAUGCUAAAGAAACAAACGCAAGCUAUGUUUCAACUGAACCAUUUUUGGCAUCGAAGCAUCUUAGGGUUGUCAAGAUCAGAUGUCAGGCAAAUGAUGAGCGAGUUCCCAAAAUUUUGAAGGUCAUGAGUUCCUAUGGAGUACCUGCUGAGCAAAUCGACGUUAAGGAAGGAAAUUGGUCUUCCGAGGGAUCAUAUUCAGAUUCUGAGCAGUCAGACUAUUCGUAUUCAGAUACGGAUGAGUCAGAUUAA